AUGGCCAAGGUAGAUCAGGAUGAGUUAAUUUGUACAUUCUGUCUGGAGCUCCUGAAGGAUCCGAUGGUUCUCCCUUGUGACCACAGUUUCUGUAAGGAGUGUAUCAGUGGUCACUUGGAGAAGGAGGAUCAGAUGGGUUCCUACAGCUGUCCUCACUGCAGAUAUACCUUCACUUCAUGGCCUAUUCUACGCAGAAACAACAGGCUGGCUGAAUUGGUGGAGAAACGGAAGAAGACUAAAUCCAAAGCUGCUUCUCCUGCUUACUCGUACGCUGGACCUCGGGAUGUGGCGUGUGAUUACUGCAUUGAGAGAAAACUCAAAGCCGUCAAGUCCUGUCUGAUCUGUGUGGCCUCCUUUUGUGAAACUCAUCUGAAACCUCACUCUCAGUCACCUGCAUUGAAGAAACACACCUUAAUUGAAGUUUCAGCAAAACUGCAAGACAUGAUCUGCUCUCAACAUAACAAACUGAUUGAUAUCUUCUGUCGUACUGAUCAAACCUGCAUCUGUUGUUUGUGUAUGCUGGAUAAUCACAAAGGACAUAUCACCGUCUCAGCCGUGUCAGAAAGAACUGAGAAAAUGAAUGAGCUCAAAGAAAAUCAGAAGCAAUUCCAGAAGAUAAUCCAGGAGAAGCAGAGCAAGAUGCAGGAGCUGAAACAAGCUAUGAACUCUCUAAAGCUCAGUGCACAGACAGCAGUGGAGGACAAUGAGAGGAUCUUUAAUGAGCUGAUCAGCUGCAUGGAGAAAAAGCGCUCGGAGUUGAAGGAGCUGAUCAGAGCUAAGGAGGAGGCUGAACAGAGUCAAGCUGAAAGGCUCCUGGAGCAGCUGGAGCAGGAGAUUGCUGAUCUUCAGAAGAAAGUCACUGAGCUGGAGCAGCUUUCACACACAAAGGAUCACAUCCAAUUCAUUCAGGAGGCUUUAGCUACUGGACGUCGGUCUCCUUCAGGAGACAGACCAAAUUUUAACACAUCCAGCAUCGAUGUCCAUCAACAUCCCUCAUUUAAUCACAUGAGGAAAUCUCUCUCAGCUCUGAAGGAGAGAGUCGAGGAAUUUUUUGAGAACGAAUUCAACAAAAUUCCUCCACGUGUUGCAGCACUUAAGCUCAUUGCACCAGCAGAGCCACAGACCAGAAAAGAUUUUCUGAAAUAUUUCUGUUAUCUGACUCUGGAUCCCAACACGGCACAUCGUAACCUCAUUCUGCGUGAGAAUAACAGAGCGGUGAUGCGCAGUGAUAAAGAGCAGCUAUACUCUGCUCAUCCAGAGAGAUUUGAUUACUGGUGGCAGGUGUUGUGUAAGGAGAGUCUUUGUGGACGCUGUUAUUGGGAGGUGGAGUGGAGCAGUGGUGGUGUGGAAAUAACACUCUCAUAUAAGGACAUCAUCAGGAAAGGGGACAGUAAUGAGUCUGUGUUUGGAAACAAUCCUCGGUCCUGGAGUUUUAUGUAUUCCUCUUCUUCUUCUUCUGUCUCUUACUUUCACAACAGUAUUAAGACUGUGUUCAAAGUUCCAUCAUUAUCCAAAAUAGGAGUGUAUGUGGAUCACAGCAGAGGAACUCUGUCCUUCCACAAUGUCUCUGACAGGAUGACGGUCCUCCACAAAAUCCACACCACAUUCACUCAGCCUCUAUACGCUGGGUUUGGACCUCAAUGGUGGAGUAAUUCAACUGUGAGAUUGUCUGAGCAAAAAUCAUAUGACUACUGUUCGACGUAUGAGUCAAACUACUAUUCGCAGUAA